AUGAAGGCGGCGCAUCGGCUGCUUCAGGGGUCGUCGUCUUCUUCGGAGGGGGAGACGUCAGAAGAGGAGGCGGUGGCGGAGAUGGAGCACAGGCCGCCGUCGUGGUUGGAUGACAGCUUGCCCGUCGGGAACGGAGGCAAUGCGUGCAAAAAGAGGUUGCUUUCGAAGCAACUGUCCAUGAGGGAGACGAGGAUGGAGGCGAAGUGGGAAAGGCGGCGGAGGCAGAUUCUGAAGAGACGGAAAAGCUCCGAAGCGGCGGCGGGGGAGACGGAAACCGCGCCGGCGGAGGAACGGCGGCCGACGAGGAGUUUGACCGACGAGGACAUGGACGAGCUGCGGGGGUCGAUCGACCUCGGCUUCGGGUUCAGAGAGGAGGACGGCGGACACGACCUCUGUGGAACGCUGCCGGCGCUCAACCUCUACUUCGCCGUGAACCGGCAGCUGUCGGACCCGAAGCUGCCUGGCUCGGGAUCGCCGAUGGUGGGUUCGGCCUCCUCGAGGCAGGGCGGCCUUCCGAGUCCCCGGAGCCCUGCCAAAGAACAGGGGGCGCCGCCAGACAGUUGGAAGAUUUGCGAUCCCGGGGAUAAUCCAGAACAUGUUAAAACAAGGCUGAGGCAUUGGGCACAAGCAGUGGCGUUCUCUCUUAGACUGAGUUUCUGA